AUGGAUCCACUUGAUUCAAUCGAAGUAUCAGACGAAGAUAUAAACGAUUCAAUAGAAGUGUCAGAUGAAAAUAUUUAUAAUUCAACAGAGACAUCAGACGAUGAUUUUGAGAGUUUGGGAAACUCAUCUGAUGAAGACAUCAAUUAUUCAGUAGUAAUAUCAUACAAAGACGCUGAUAUUUCAUCCGAUGAUGAUUCCAGUUGUGAAAGUAGUUUUCCAGUCGAUGAGUUUGAUAUCGAAAAUUUAAGAAAUGAAAUAUAUGGAAUAUGUCCUCAAUGUAAUGAGUUCAAUACUAUGUACGGAUGGUGUCAAUCUUGUGAUCCCGAAAAGUUGACUAAAGGAUGGACUAGUGAGAAUGUAGCAAUUGAUGAAUUUAUUAAAACAACACAGUUAGAAUCAAAAUCUUAUACAGAUGCUUUUCUUGAAUGUAUACCAUUUGGUAGAUUUGAAAAUGUUCAGAUAAUUGGUCAAGGAGGUUUCAGUACGGUUUAUUCAGCAAUUUGGUUAGAUGGCGAAAGGCAACAAAAAGAAAUCGAUGGGGAAUGGAAAAAUGUACGUUCUCAACCGAUAAAAGUUGCACUUAAAACACUGCCAACUUCUGGAGAAACAAUUGAUGAUUUUUUAAAAGAGGAAUUUGAAGAUGCAGAUAAAUUAAUUUCAGAAAUUGCUGCAGCUACUUAUCCUACUUCAAAUAUAGAAGCU